AUGGCCUCUAGAAGUUCCUUCCUUUUUGGCUUAUUUUUCCUUCUUAUCGCUAUGUCAAUGCCUACCAAUAUUCAUUCUGAAUCAACUGGUAGUGGUAACCCUUUCGGAUUCAUUCAACACCUGGAGGGAUGCCAUAAGGGUCAGAAUAUUAGUGACCUGCAUAAUAUUAAACGAUAUCUUGGGAAAUUCGGAUACUUGAAUUAUGAUGAUCUUAAUUCAAGCCACAAAAACCAUGAAAACGAUGAUGAGUUUGAUGACCUUUUGGAGUCUGCCGUCAAAAAAUGCCAGCAAAAUCAUCAUUUGAAUGUCACUGGAACCCUGGAUUCUAACACACUGAAUCAAAUGAUGAAACCAAGAUGCGGGGUGCCAGAUUUUGUGAAUGACACAAACCAAAACCACCACAAACACAAUCACAACUCUAGUUUCCACACAGUUGGUCAUUAUAAAUUCUUCCCAGGACCAAGUAAAUGGACCCAAUCUCAACUCAAAUAUCGCUUCGCUUCUAGCGUGCCAGUUCCUAUCUCACUAAACUUGAGGUCUGUCAUUCAACAAGCUUUCCAAAGAUGGGCUCAAGUCAGCCAUUUCACUUUCCAGGAAGUCCCAGCUAAUUCGAAUGCAAAUAUCGUAGAUUUGGAAUCGGUUGCUGUGCAUGAAAUAGGACACUUAUUAGGGCUUGAUCAUGAACUGGGCAAGCCAGAUGCAAUUAUGUAUGAUAGUUUUGAGUAUGGGAAGAUAAAAAGAGAGCUCACUGCGGAUGAUAUUCAAGGCAUACGAGUCCUCUAUGGUUUGCAGUAG